UAACACUCGCUGCAAAAAUAUCUUCUUCUUUUUUUUUUUUUUUUUAAUGUUCUUCUGCUCUCUCUCUCGUUCACGAAGCUGCAAUGUCCACCGUUCCCAUUGAGUCUCUUCUCCACCAUUCUCAUCUUCGUGACAACUCAAAAAUCUAUCGCGGAACUAGAAGCUUCUUCAUACCUUGCUCGUUGAAUCUCCCUUCUCAUUUUACUUCCAACAAACUACUACACUCAAUUAGAACAAGCGUCGGUGCUAGCUCGAAACAUAGAAGGUCCGUCGCGAUUCGUGCUAGCUCUUCCGAUACUGCCGUCGUGGAAACCGCUCAAUCGGAUGAUGUCAUCUUCAAAGAAAAUUUCCCUGUUCAACGAAUCGAAAAGGCACAAGGAAAGAUUUAUGUUCGAUUAAAGCAAGUGAAGGAGAAGAAUUGGGAGCUGAGUGUUGGAAGUAGUAUUCCUGGAAAAUGGAUUUUGCAUUGGGGAGUUUCAUAUGUGGGUGAUACUGGCAGUGAAUGGGAUCAACCUCCGGAAGAUAUGAGACCUCCUGGCUCAAUUGCUAUCAAGGACUAUGCUAUAGAGACACCUUUGAAGAAGUUAUCCGAAGGAGAUUCAUUUUUUGAAGUUGCUAUUAAUCUAAAUCUUGAGAGUUCAGUUGCAGCUCUCAAUUUUGUUUUGAAGGACGAAGAAACUGGGGCGUGGUAUCAGCACAAAGGGAGAGAUUUUAAGGUUCCUCUUGUGGACGAUGUUCCUGAUAAUGGAAAUUUGAUUGGAGCAAAGAAAGGAUUUGGUGCCAUUGGGCAGCUUUCAAACAUCCCUCUCAAACAAGAUGAGUCCAGUGCAGAAGUUAAAAAAAAGAGCAAGAGCUCAUCUGAUUCUACGAAAGAAAGAAAAGGUCUUCAAGAGUUUUAUGAGGAGAUGCCAAUAAGUAAACGUGUUGCCGAUGAUAAUUCAGUCAGUGUCACUGCAAGGAAAUGCUCUGAAACAUCUAAGAACAUUGUAUCAAUUGAAACUGAUUUACCGGGUGACGUUACUGUCCACUGGGGAGUUUGCAAAAAUGGCAGUAAAAAAUGGGAAAUUCCAUCUGAACCUUACCCUGAAGAUACAUCUUUGUUCAAGAACAAGGCAUUACGCACUCGUUUACAGCGAAAAGACGACGGAAAUGGAUCGUUUGGAUUAUUCUCUCUGGAUGGAAACCUUGAAGGGUUAUGUUUUGUUCUUAAGUUAAAUGAAAAUACUUGGCUAAAUUAUAGGGGGGAAGACUUCUAUGUCCCUUUCCUUACUUCAAGUAGCUCGCUCGUUGGAACUGAAGCUACUGAAGCUGCCCAAUUGAGUAAACACACGCCAAAAACAGAUAAAGAAGUGUCUGCUAGUGGAUUUACUGAUGAAAUCAUCACUGAGAUAAGGAACUUGGCAAUUGACAUUCACUCUCACAAGAAUCAGAAGACAAACGUAAAAGAGGUGCAGGAAAACAUUCUACAAGAAAUCGAGAAACUGGCUGCGGAGGCAUAUAGCAUAUUUAGAAGCACAACUCCGACUUUUUCUGAGGAAAGUAUUUUAGCAGAGGCUGAAAAGCCUGACAUUAAAAUCUCCUCAGGAACCGGCUCUGGAUUUGAGAUAUUAUGCCAGGGAUUCAACUGGGAGUCCCAUAAAUCUGGGAGAUGGUACUUGGAACUUCAAGAAAAAGCCGAUGAGUUAGCUUCACUUGGAUUCACUGUUCUGUGGUUACCUCCACCGACAGAAUCUGUGUCACCUGAAGGGUACAUGCCUAAAGACCUGUAUAACUUGAAUUCCAGAUAUGGAACUAUUGAUGAGCUAAAAGAUACGGUGAGGAAAUUUCACAAGGUUGGGAUCAAAGUUUUAGGCGAUGCUGUUCUGAAUCACCGCUGUGCACACUUCAAGAAUCAAAAUGGUGUAUGGAAUCUAUUUGGAGGACGUCUAAACUGGGACGAUAGGGCAGUAGUUGCAGAUGACCCUCAUUUCCAGGGUAGAGGAAACAAGAGCAGUGGAGAUAAUUUCCAUGCUGCUCCAAACAUAGAUCACUCGCAAGACUUUGUUAGGAAGGAUAUCAAGGAAUGGCUAUGCUGGAUGAUGGAAGAAGUUGGGUAUGAUGGAUGGAGGCUUGAUUUUGUAAGAGGGUUCUGGGGAGGUUAUGUGAAAGACUAUAUGGAUGCUAGCAAACCGUACUUUGCGGUUGGUGAAUAUUGGGAUUCCCUAAGUUACACGUAUGGAGAAAUGGACUACAAUCAAGACGCACAUCGUCAAAGGAUUGUUGAUUGGAUCAAUGCAACCAGUGGAGCUACUGGUGCAUUUGAUGUCACUACCAAAGGAAUUCUUCAUACGGCGCUUCAAAAAUGUGAAUAUUGGAGACUCUCAGACCCAAAAGGGAAGCCUCCAGGUGUAGUUGGAUGGUGGCCUUCUCGUGCUGUAACAUUCAUCGAGAAUCAUGACACUGGCUCUACUCAGGGUCAUUGGAGAUUUCCGGAGGGGAAAGAAAUGCAAGGAUAUGCUUACAUCCUGACUCAUCCAGGAACACCAGCGGUUUUCUUCGACCAUAUCUUCUCGGAUUAUCAUCCCGAGAUUGCUGCACUUCUCUCUCUCAGGAACAGACAGAAACUCCACUGUCGAAGCGAGGUGAACAUAGACAAGAGUGAGAGAGAUGUGUACGCGGCUAUAAUAGAUGACAAGGUUGCAAUGAAGAUCGGACCAGGGCAUUAUGAACCACCAAACGGAUCGAAAAACUGGUCUGUAGCCGUUGAAGGCAGAGACUACAAGGUGUGGGAGACAUCUUAAGAAGAAGGUAAUUUUUAUGUGUAGUAAGUAAAUAAAAAAAUUUCCAGGAGGAAAAUGUUAUAUAUAUUAUUUCAGGGAAGAACCAGAAAUAAGCUUGGUGGGACUAAGACCAGAUUUAAGAUUUGUCUCAAUUUUUUCAGUACUGAGAAUAUUCAUGUUGUUGUAUUGGAUGCUUGUAAAGUGUAUGCAUAUAUAUGAAGAAUAUGUGUUAAGGUGAAUAGAGUAGUCAAGAAGCUAUAUUUUGUCA